AUGCAAUCGAGACUUCUGAGACAGUUCAGCACCGGAAGACAAUACCCCUUGAAGGAAAUUGUGCGUAUUGAACAUGACUCUCAGCUGGUUCAACAUACUAAGGAGCUCCUUAAUUACCCAGGUAUCGAUUCUCAAGCCAUCUUUGUCCAAAGUUUACCCGUAUCUCCAUACACAGUCUACGGGGUGACAUUUGGCGGCAACAGGUCAUGUGGAAAUGUGAUGUCGGUCGACCAUGAAGGCUCACUUUCUCGCAUCAUUCAGUCCUUUGAUUACCAGAUAGGAUCUGGGGUUCAUGGAUUGACAAUUGGUCCUAAUCAUGAUGUCCUCUACUCUGCAGACGAUUCAGGAAAUUCCCUUUGGGCACACUCAAUUAACUCCGAUACUGGUCAAGUUGAGUUCCUGGAUCGCAUUGCUGCUCCGAACUAUGGUUCCGAUCCUCGUCAUAUUACCGUUCAUCCUAAAGGCAAGUUUGCAUACGUGGUUUUCGAAGGGACGAACAAGCUCGUCCUCUACAGAAUUGACCCAAAAGACAAAACGCUUGCAUCUGCCAAAUCGUUUCCUUUGAUACCUCCAGGUUACCCAAAUAGCGAAUAUUGGUCAGACGAAGUUCGAUUAUCAUACUCCAACUCCUACAUCUGGGCCACCUCCCGAUCUCAUCGCUCAAGCUACCCAGGAUACAUCAGCGCCUUUUCAAUUUCGGAGACAGGUGACAUCUUGUCUCAGUUAUUUCUGACUCCAACGACUACGUCAGGGGGUAUGGCUAAUGCAGUCGCGCCGUCUACUUCUAGCGAUGAAUUCGUUGCUAUUACAGAUAGCGAGAAAGGGCUCAUACAGAUCUGGAGGUUUACUGGUCGCCGGACUGAGGUAGUAGCUACGUUGGAUCUUCGGGAUGGAGGCUGUUGUGCGAAUGCUUUCUGGUACGACUGA